AUGGUAUUCCAUUUAAAUUUCUUAUAUAAAGGGAAUAGGAUAAAUUAUGUUUCUGCUUGCAUAAACGUGAUACGUAAUUUCAGUAGUAGUAAGGCAAACAGUAUAAAUAAUAUAAUUAAUACAAACGGUACGAGCAGUGCGGGGUGCACCAACAGUACUAACAGUACGAACAGUGCGAACAGUGCGAACAGUACAAAUAACUUCUCAAAUGACUUUAACAACAGAGAUAAUAAUUUUGAUCUGAGUAAUCAAGAAAAGAUAAGUGGCAAUUUUUUUAAACAGAAAUUUCGUAAAAUAAUUGAGCAGAGUAACAAAUAUUUAAGCGAAGAAAAGAAAGAUCAUACUGGCGAAGAAUUAUACACAAUGAACAGUAGUAGUAACAACGAUAACACAAUGAUGAAACCAUAUAUGGAAAGAUUAAACGAGUUAAAAAAGAUUAUGAAGGAAAAGAAGAUUGACAUGUACAUAUUAAUAAAUAAUGAUGAGCACAAUUCAGAGAUAAUAAAUGAUAAAGAUAAAAAAAUAUAUUAUUUAAGUAAUUAUAGUGGAGCUGAUGGAAUUUUAAUAAUAACACAAGAACAGAAUAUAUUAUAUGUUAAUACAUUGUACGAAUUACAAGCACAAAAUGAAAUAGAUCACUCUGUAUUUACACUUAAAAUUAGUAGAAUAACAAAUAAAGAGGAGAUAUUUGAAACCAUAUCUUCUCUAAAAUUUAAUAAUGUUGCUUUUGAUGGAAAAUGUACUAGUGUUUCCUUUUACGAAAAAUUAAAGACUAAAGUAGAAGAUACUUAUCCAGAUAAAACUAUUGAAGAGAAAGUUAUUUAUGAAAAGGAUUCCAUUGAUGAUAUCACAAAUAGAGAUAACUUAAUAAACUUUUUAAUUUUAGAAAAAUCAUUAGUAGAAAUAAAAAUUCCGCAUGAUACGGGUGAUAAAAGUAUAUAUAUUCAUGAAAGAAAAUUCAAUGGUGCGUGUGCAGGAGAAAAAAUUGAAAAAUUAAGACAACAUUUUGCCUUUGAUAAUAAAGUAGUAGAUAAAUUAUUUAUAUCUGAAUUGGAUGAAAUAGCAUACAUUUUAAACUUACGUGGAUAUGAUUACAAAUAUUCUCCCUUGUUUUAUUCAUAUCUUUAUUUUGAAUUUAACCGGGAAAAUAGCGAUUUUGAUAAAAUUAUUUUGUUUACGACAUCGAAGAAUUUAACUCCUGGAGCUAUUAGACAUCUAAAUACCAUUCAUGUUACUGUUAUGGAAUACGAAACAGUUGUUGAGUAUUUGAGAGAUAAUGUAUCAUCAAAGACGAAGCUUAACAAGGGUGAUAGUAAUAAUGAUUCUGCUACGUCCACUGCUCUAACGGCCAACAGUAACAGUAGUGUUGUUGUAACAGGUUCACAGCUGAAUAGCAGAAGGAACAGUACGGAAGAGAAAACUUACGAAAUAUCGUUGAGUCCAUUUAUCAAUUUAAUUAUAUAUAUGCUUUUUGAUAAGGAAAAAAUAUUGCUUCAAAAAUCUGCAAUUGUGGAUAUGAAGGCUGUGAAGAAUGAUGUCGAAAUUGAUAACAUGAAAGAAGCACAUGUGUUAGAUGCUUUAGCAUUGUUACAAUUUUUUCACUGGUGUGAUGAAAAAAGAAAAACGAAAGAGUUAUUUAAUGAAACCGAAAUUUCUUUAAAAAAUCAAAUAGAUCAUUUUAGAUCAACAAAACAAAACUUUUUAUUCCCAUCCUUUACAACUAUAUCAGCGAUAGGAUCAAAUGCUGCUGUUAUUCAUUAUGAAUGUACAGAAGCGACAAAUACAAAAAUUUCACCAAGUAUUUAUUUACUAGAUUCAGGAGGACAAUAUUUACAUGGUACGACAGAUGUAACUAGAACCACUCAUUUUGGUGAACCCACAGCAGAAGAAAAGAGAAUCUACACGUUAGUAUUAAAAGGACAUUUACAUUUAAGAAAGGUUAUCUUUACUAAUUAUACGAAUUCAAUGGCACUAGACUUUUUAGCAAGAGAAAAUUUGUUUAAACAUUAUUUUGACUAUAAUCAUGGUACAGGGCAUGGGGUUGGUUUAUUUUUGAAUGUUCAUGAAGGAGGUUGUUCCAUAUCACCAGCUGCUGGUACACCAUUAAAACCUUCUAUGGUCCUUUCUAACGAACCGGGAUAUUAUAUGGAAAAUAAAUUUGGUGUUAGAAUUGAAAAUAUGCAAUAUGUUAUUAGUAAAAAAAGAACAGAUAAUAAUUUAGAAUUUCUGUCCUUUGAAGAUUUAACCCUUUAUCCAUAUGAAAAAAAAUUAUUAGAUUUUUCUAUCCUAACUACUGAUGAAAUAAGAGAUAUCAAUGAAUAUCAUGAAACUAUUAGAAAAACGCUCAUGCCAAUUUUGAAAAAAAAUCCAACAGUAUAUGGACAAGCAAUAGAAAAGUACCUAAUAGAAAUUACCGAUCCAAUUAAAAUCAAUUAG